AUGUGUGCGUCUAAUGCUGGAGGUUUUGAUCGGCAAAGAGCGGCAAGACCGGGUAGCCUGAGUAGAGAGCGAAGCCGUAAUGGAUAUAUAACGAAUAAUUUAUCUAUUAUGGUGCGCGCCUACGUUAAACUGCUGUUCAAGCAAAGUUCAGCCACACCAUGGAACUAUUAUGGCAAAGUACUGUGA